UGGGAUGACGCGCAAAUUUCCCUCGCAAAAUCACAAGCACCACUCCCCCCUCGGUUGCCGAAAAACGCACGAAAAACCGCAGAAGGCCGAAUUUAAAUUUUCUUUCGCCGUGGUCUGCCUGCACAGAAGACUCGUGUGUUUCUUUUAACGCACAGCCAGAGUUUCAGAUUAAAAUCAGUCAGCAUGGAUACACUAAUGGAAGUGAUCAUCUCUACUCUUCGGGACGCAUUCUGUGCUGUGGUACCCAUAAUCCAAUUUAUUUAUUGCCUUAAGGCAUUGUGGUCAUUGAUUCGCCCCAAAGUGGUCAUGAUUCCACGUGGUUUCUUUCCUGAAGACUUAGAUGCGUCCCUCAAGAAAUGGGAAGAUUUUGACAUCAAGAUUCUGUGGUUGGUGGCCGUGAUAAAUAAGAAACCUGAAGAUCAGUUCAAUAUCCCAGAUCAGGAUCGAGAAGGUCUCUUGAGCCACAUCCGAGACAUGAUCAAACAGGCCACUCAGGUCAAAUGGGUUCAAAUCCCUCAGCAAACACCAGGCUCGGUCUCCUUUUCUGGCCUGUCACCCGCUACAGAGCAGGCAAUCUUGGCUGGAGAUUGGAACACCGUUUCUGCCAUGGACUUGUUUGCCUUCCUAGCCCAGAAUGGAUUGGUGGUGCCCACAACAUUUGAUACGGAGGCGCUGAUUACCAUUGCCCGCGAAGUGCUUCGUGUGGGGGGCAUUGUUGCUGAGGAAGACAGGGGAUGAACUGCCAUAAGAAGCUACAUUUGACUUGCGCGUUUAAGGUUCUUAUACUAAUUAACUGAUAAAUAAUUGACUUCAAACAAAAAAUUUUCUAAAUUUGGUGCUGCAAUUGUCUCAUUAUUAUUGUAAAACGACGGAAAAAGAUAUAAUGACACCAAGCCUUUGCUUUUGUCACUUCGUUGCUUCCCGAGAGAUUUUAAGUCUUUUAAAACCUACUGAUGAUUUCCUGAGCUUACUUGGCACAUUGUAGGUUAAGUUAAAUGUAAUAAACAAUGUAAAAACCAAUAACUUGUAUUAUUUUGAUUUGUAAAAGAAUUUCUGUAUGGAAAAAUGAGAUCAUUCAUAUAAAUUGUAAUUUUAGUGAUAAAUAUAUCUGAUCAAUUGACACACAUGUUCCCAGUCCGCAAGAAAUACAAAGUGCAUGCAAGAAGGAGAAAUAAACAUUAAGCAAUAAUUGUAACUUUACAUGUUAGAUUUAAUUUAUAAUUAGAUCACUUGGCACAUUAACUCCAUGAGAAUCUUAUCUUCAGGUAUAUUGCAACCUGAAGAGAGCUCUAUCUGCAGUAAAUACCAAAAUUUUACUGAUGUAAUGAAAUUACUUUCUAAUUUCUUAAAAUUUUCGCAUAUUUGCUCUUUCUGCCCUAAACUAAUUGGGAC